GUUUUGAAAAGAUCGGAGGUCUCCCCUGCUUGGAGCAACAAGGGAAGCGCAAGCACUACAAAGAAAAAUCAGGGGUUCGGGAGGGUCUCGCUCACAGAGCACUGAAUCUGAUAUACUGGCAAAGAUGAGCAGCUGGAAUUUAUGACCAUCACAUUUGUUGUUCAUUAAAUAUAUAAAAACAUGGCUUCACAGGAUGUUCUAAGCUUCUUCCAGCCUUUUUCCUCCUGGAUAUCUCGUGUCUAUGAGACUCUCCAGCAAGCAGGAGAAUCCUUAUCUUCUUCUUUGAAUAAUCUGGGAAGCAAAGCAGAUCAAAAUGGAUUUGAUGGGAAAGACGAGGAUUUAGAAGACAGUGAUGGGCUUUAUGAACGCUACUCUGUAGGUUCUGAUGAUGACAGUACUUCAAGUCAGGAGAGUGAGGAAUCUUAUCAUUCUUCAUCAUCCUGUCAAGACCUUGCUUCACCUGAAUCUUCAGAUCUUGAUUUGUACUGGCUUGAGCAGAAAAGAUCCACCCCCUACUCCUUGGAGGAGUACCUUGAGGAUGCUUCUCUUGGAGUGUACCAAAGUUACAAGGGUCAUCAACCUAUGGAAACUCUCCCCACUAUCCCUGAGGAGGAGGAACAUCUCCACUCCAAGCAAAUUAAGAACUUUUCAUGUAACCAGGAUGUGAACAGUUAUGGGGACGAUGAAGAUCUAACAACGUCCUCAGACAGUGAUGAGGAGGUGAUUAAACAGUUUGAGAUCUCAGUUUCUCGUUCACAAAGCUUUCGAUCAGGAGUUUCUGAAAAAGGAAUCCAAGCAGAUUUGGAGCGCAGGCCAAAAUUUAACUGCUUGUUGUCAAAUCAUGAAGAAUACAGUACUGAGGCCUCUGAAAGUGAAGAUUUAGAUGGCUUCAGCCAACUGAGUUACCAGGACAACCUCUCUUCUCAUGAAGAUGACCUUCUAUCCAUCAGUUCGAGAAUUGCGGUGGAGAGCAGGGGCUCUGGACAACCGAAAGACUCUGAGGUGGAAGUCAGCGCAACACCCAGCCUCAGUCGACAAGAGACUGAAGGAAGUUUGGAAAUGGAGACAGCUUUUAGCAACCAAGGAUUUGAAGGGAAUGAUGCAACUGACAGCUCAUCAGCCUGGAGCCCGGAGGAACAUGAAGGAGCAAGUGCCCUUCCAGCUCAUACUAGUACCUAUGAGCCAAUUUCAAGAUGUGGUGACUUAGAUGUCAUCUUUGAUUACAAACCAUCGAGCCAGAAGCUGGUGGUGACUAUUCUUGAAGCUAAGGAUAUCCCAGACAAGGACCGCAGUGGAGCAAGUACCUGGCAGGUGCACACAGUCCUGAUGCCCAGCAAGAAACAACGAGGAAAGACAAGUGUCCAGAAAGGCCCCAAUCCAGUGUUCAAGGACAAAGUGACCUUCACUAAGUUGGCACCUGAAGAGCUGAGCAACUAUGCCCUUCGGUUCCGCCUCUAUUCUGUGCGCAAAAUGAUGAAGGAGAGGAUGAUGGGGGAGCAGUUGUUUUAUCUCAGCCACCUCAGUCAAGAGGGGGAAAUGAAGACUACGCUGGUUCUGGAACCAAGGAGCAACUUAUGUAGUGGAGGCUCCCAAAUGAGUCUCUCAGCCAUCUCUCACAGUGACAGUGCUUCUUCAACUCAGUCUCUGUCACAUGGAGGGGUCCCAGAACUGCUGGUGGGACUGUCCUACAAUGCUACAACAGGCAGGCUGUCAGUCGAGAUGAUCAAAGGCAGCCAUUUCCGGAACCUUGCCAUUAACAGACCACCAGAUACUUAUGGGAAACUCUGCCUUCUGAACUCAGUUGGUCAAGAAAUGUCUCGUUGCAAGACAUCUGUCCGACGAGGACAGCCAAAUCCAAUCUACAAAGAGACGUUCAUCUUCCAGGUUGCCUUGUUCCAGCUCUCUGAUGUCACACUGAUGAUCUCCAUUUACAAUCGCCGCAGCAUAAAGCGCAAGGAGAUGAUUGGCUGGCUUUCUAUGGGUCAGAACAGUAGUGGAGAAGAAGAGUUAAGUCAUUGGCAGGAGAUGAAAGAAUCUAAAACACAGCAAGUGUGUAGGUGGCAUAUGCUCCUGGAGUCCUAAUGGAAACCUCAGUAGUUCCAAUAGCAUAUGUGCAGGGCAUUUAUCUUCCCAGCAUUUGACAUAUAAAGACCAUUGGUUUCUAUUACAACUGGACCUCUAAUGCUCUUUACUAAUGCAAUUGUUUUGUUAAGUUAUUGUCCUUUGAUUUUUAGUUACGGGAAAUUGCUUGAAGUAACAGGUAGGCAAAUUGGGUUAGAACUUUAUGCUUUCUCUUUGCCAAUCAAGAAUUGAGAUUGAGUGUUCAAUAUCAUCCUGGUGUCUUCACUGAUGAUGAGACUUCGUUUGCUCUUGGCCCAGGUCACUGUAGAGCCAAAUUUGGUUGGGUAAGCCAAGGUAUGUGCCAUUGUUGUGAGAAAAGGCUGCAAAUAGUGAUCAUGAAAUAGUGUUCAUGAAAUUGGUAGAUUUGGACAGUUUUCUGGGAUGCUUUGGGGCCCUAUCCCACUUUUUCACACCAGAAAUAUUCACUUAAGAAUAUUUGGCUCAGCCCUAAUUCUCUGACUGCAAUAAAUAAGGUAAAUUUGAUUCUUGACAAAUGGUCACUUAAAAUUUUCUGUUUACAAAUAUAGACUUCCAAAAGGCUUAAUGUGAAUCUUGUAAACAUGUAUCCAGAAUAUAGCAGACGUGUAUAAUAUCAUUAUGUAACUUAAUCAUUAGAUGGCUCAGAGUGUUGAGUGUCCUGCAUUUAUUUGGCUCUUUCUGGAGGAAGAUAGCUGUAUCUAACCUGGCUGCUGGCUGGUGUGUCUUCUAAGCUUUCCAUGACAGCAAGGAAACAACAUGUGGAUCUGGGCUCCAUCUAUGCCUUUUAAUAUAUAAUGUUCUUUUCACUUAGAAACAGCCAAACACUUGUGUUUUACAUUAGUUCCUCCAUAGGCAUGUAUGCAUAAUUAUAGUUAUCAUCAUGGGAGCCAUGGAUCUCCUUAGCAGUCCUAGUUGUAUAAGCACUCUAAAAGAAAUUAAGAGAUGGAUGCCUGCAGUACUGAUAACAGUUUUCCCUAAUCUGGUGCCAUCUAAAUGUGUGGAACUUUAAUUCUGAUGAUCUUAACCUGGAAGACAUCUGGUUGGGAAAGGCUGAUUUUAGGAAAAUAUGGAGCUUUCAGAAGGUCUUUGGAGAGAAGAUAGGCAGUGGUAAAAAAAAGAUACCUUCCUUUGUUAUGCUGAAUCCCAGGAGAGACUCUGUGAUGUGCUCAGGCAACUUCUGACCAGUGACCUCUCCUGAUAAUUGACUUCUCUGGAAGGCUACAUAGGAUCCUCUGCAGCAUGUAGAUGUUUCUUGGCUAACAAUUAUAUGGAAAGUUUUGAGAAACACAUUCUAAAUAACUUGAAAAUGAACCUCAAAGCUGUCUGAGAAAUGGGCCAGAGAGUACAUUUAUAAUAUGUGUUGGUGAUAGGGGAUCCCUUAUUUACAAUAUUACCACCAUGGGGGGUAAAACAUGUUACAGAACACCAAUUUACCAUAAUACUGCCUGUCUAUUCUUCUAGGCAUCCCAUCCUGCAGGACACCCUUUAGUGUCCUCCUUAUCUGCAUCCUUUUGAGGAUCAGAUUGGCACACUUUCUGCUGCAUGGGUUUGCAGCUGCUUAUUCUUUCUAUAUUCUAAGAAUACUUACAGGGUCCAUUGGAAUCUCAGAGGCAUUCUACAAAAUAAAAAUUAUGCUGGAGGCCGGCACUUGGUUUUAUAGUGUAUCUUUUCAUAUUUUCCCCAUAUUUUUAUUUUAAUAUAUUUGAUAUUGUUCCCAUAUUUUAAAUAAAAUAUUUGUUCUUAAAUGUAAAAAAAGGUCAAAUGGGGCAGGGAGCCUGGGAGAUGCCAAAGGAAGUAAAGUGUCUGUGGGUACACUGGAGCCCCUUAGGCAUCAUGUUGAAAACAACCAAAAUGGGCUGUUGUGUGUACGUGAAGCCGCCUUCUCCAGUCUCAAAACUCUCUUCUAAAGUGCUAGAGAUUGAGCGCAGGACCUUCUCCUUGAAAAGUAUAUACAAUGCAACUAAGUGAUGACCUUUCUAAAGGAAUGUCCCUGUUAAGUUUUUGCUCCAACAUUUUAUAAAGAGAUAUAUCAUUAGCUGGUUUCUCUAACAACAAGAACAAAAAUUAAAACAGGUUGGUUGAAAAACUGCAUCACCAUGUAUGAGAACGGAGGAAUCCCUUUUGAAAGACAAUUUAUACUGUGGAUUAUACUUUUAUUAUCUAAACAUUAAGAAUGCUUCUUUGCUUCAGAAUUAUUCUUUUCCUUACAUGGAAACAUAUGCAGAUUUUAUUGGCUGAAAUUCAUAUAAUCAAUUACCUAAGAUUUCUAACAUCUCUAAUAUCUAGUCAUCCAUGGAUGUAUUUCUACUUCUCAUUGCUUUGAAGUAGUUUUCAAUACUCUUUUUUUCCUGAGGGUCCAAAGAUUUGCUUGGUUUUUUUUCUUUUUUUAACUUCUGGGAGAAGAGAGAUCAAGUUUUCUUGAUUAUGCAGAUGAGAUCAUUAGUCUAGCACUACACGCUGCUCAUCUAUUUUUCUUUUUAAACAUCUGUUUCUUCAGUAGAAAAAAAAAAAUUUGCUACCACAGCAUGCUAGGGGUCAGAGAGGACAUUUCACCAACAUGACUCCCUUCUCAGGUUGCAUGCCAAAAAGUUAUAGGCUGCAUUUUUUUCCUCAGAAAUUACCAAGGGCCCAUAGGCUGUGAAUAAUCUGUGAUUCACUGUAUUAAAUAGGAAAUAAUAAUGUAUCCCAAAACAGCAAAGAAACCCACUGUUAACAACAGCAGAUACAACAUGUUAAGGCAGCUUUUCUUUUCCUGCAUUGUUCAAAAGGUUGCAUGAGAAGGUUCCUGUUUGGCAUCCAUCUCACGGAAACAGCUCGUGUAACCCAUUUCGGUAGACCUCCUGUUUUAUUUGCUUGCCAGAUUCACUAGAGAGAGUGCCAAAGCCAGGGUGGAUGCAACAAAUAAUGAAGAGGGCUUCUGUUGGAACACAUUCUGAAGCCCUGUUAAUUUGUAAUGCCAAAAGCACACCUUUUCAUUCAGUGAUGGAUCUGUGUAAAAGCAGACAGGCCUGCAAUAAGAUCCUUCACAUGCAUCUCUCAAUAAUUUUGCCAUGCACGUGGGUCUGCAAUUCCUGAGGCCAUACACAAUGCCUAUGUAUCACACUAAUUUUGGCUUUAGUGUGUUGUAGAAAGCCAAACAGCUAAGGUUUGUAAACAAUCAUUUAUGGCUUUAGUGCAUUAUUUCUCAAUCUUGGCAACUUGAAGAUAUGUGGACUUCAAUUCUGAAGACUGGGGAAUUCUGGGAGUUGAAAUCCACGCAUCUUCAAGUGUGAACAAACACUUGAAGUCCACACUUGGACAAACACUUGAAGUCCACACUUGUCAAAUGUGGACAAACACUUGAAGUCCACACAUCUUCAAGUGUGGACAAACACAGUGUUGGAAUGUAGCCAGUGAAAUGACUUUGGCUUCGAAGUUCCUACAAAGUAACUUGAUCCAGGAACAGAAGUUACCUUAAAUUCUGUGCUAGGGCAGAAACUGGCCCUUUCUUUAUCAGGAAAGAUAAAUGUAAGCAGUGGUAUCUGUUGGGGGGAAGGUUCAAAAUGAGCAAUGUGGUGAUUGUGGUAUUGCAGUGCAAGCCCCACCCUGCUUGUACUUGCAUUGACAUUAGACACACACCUACAAAAAGGGUGGAAUUUGCAUUUUGACAUCUCAUUUGCCAUCUUGCCCAGUUUGACCCAUAGAAUGAUGCUGCUGAAUGCAGGAGAGAAGAAAUAAAAGGGAGGAGAGGCAGAGAUGGAAAUUUUGGAAGAGAUUGCCAGGCAAUUGAGUUACCUAAAAGCAUGGGGAAAAACCUGUACAGGUAGUCCCUGGGUUAAGAACUCCUGGUUUAAGGAUGACCCAUAGUUAAGAACGGAGCCUAUUGUAGCAAAAUCCGAGUUAAAUACACAAUGGUUUGAGUUCAUUACACAAGACUACCUACAUACUGUUCUAGCUUACUUACAAAUUUGACUUAAGGACAGACUUUGGGAAUGGAACUCGUUCUUAAACAGGGGAAUACCAGUACUUGUUUAAACUGUAUGGAACCAUCUAGCUGACUUUGGUUGAUCUCAGAAAACUAAGCAGGAUUGAUUCCAGAUAGUUCUUGUAACCCCAGGAAAUUCCAGGGCUGUGGGUCAAACUAGAAACUUGAAAAAACCAUUUAGGAAGGAGGAGUUGGUAAACUGAUUUUAGUACUAUUGCCAAGAGUAUUUGGAUGUUUUUGUGUUACCAACAGGAAUUCAACUUGAAGGAGAUUCAUCUUUAUAUGUUACCGUCGGUUUACAUGGGAUUUGUAAUAGACAAACUGCAGAUUCUUCCCACAAAGCGUCUUCAGUCUCAAUUUAAUCACUAUAGAGAUCGAAAAGAAUGAACAAUUAAAAAAAUACUUUUUAUGUUUCCAUUCAGUUGAUUGGAGGAGCACUCAAGACUUAAAAGUUUUGCAAAAGAGUUUUGAGCAAAAAAUUUAAAGGCAGGCAGAGAGAGCACCAUGGAGGUCUUAGGAGAUUUCCAGAAUUGCAAACUAUAUUAAAAUAGUUCUUGGGGCUUAAUGAGACUGCAUACCAGCUACAGUGAACAGCAGAAAAAUAGUUAAUGGCCUUCUCAGAGAACUGGCAUUGCCAUCUUGCCAUGCUACUCUUAUUCUAGAGACAGGUUUGUCAGGCAAAUGUAUCUCAGCCCUCCUCCUCCUUUUGUGGGGUUCAAAGGAGCUGUCCUAUCUGGUUCCCAGGUAAACAGCCUAAGAGUAAGACACUGUAUUCUACUAGGUGUAAACUCUGUGUGAAUCUCUUAGCAUGACAAAAAACCCAGCCCUGACCAUACCAAAAAGAGAUGUUGAGCUCACCUUUGUGCCUAAAUUCUACAGUUCCUUAUAAACCCCUUUGCUGCUCCUUACGGCAGCAAUUCUCUACAUACUUAGGAAUAAGUCCCAAUCUUCCAGCUCCUUAAGAUCUGUUCCUGAGAACACCUGCAUAAGAUUAUGCUGUACAACUACUUCUGUCAUUUGGGGGAGCCUGGGUAGAGGUAUGCUUUAGGUAUCAUAUUUAUGUCUGUGCCAAAAAGGCUUUCGAUUUCACACACUUUUUUCAAGAUCAGAUAUCCAGAAUACUUUGGAAACAGAUCUCCCAAUGUACUGUGUACUCUGUAUAUACACUAUGAAGGGUACAACAGUAUAUCGAAGGCUGGAGUAUAUUAAAUAAAUAUUGGUUCCCAUGUAAAUCUCUAUAUGGUGCUUUCCUCAACUCAGAGUGAGAGUAAGGGGGAUGUUGAAUGCCUACAAAGGAUUUUACUCAAACAUCCUUCGCGCUUCUAUUGACUCCCAUGCAGAAUGGUCUAAGCAGACCAUAUAUGGAUUCAACCUCUUCUCAUUCAAGUUUUUUUUAAAGACUUGCUAAAUAUUGAAGCAUAGUGCAGCUGAGCAAUGGAUUGGUAAGAAUAGAAGCCUGAGUUAUUAAAAGGUUAAAUGGAUUUAAAAAGCACAGUUUAUAGGCAAUAUCUACAUUUUUAAAAAAACAAAAACAAAAUGUACUUGUGUUCUGGCAUACAUAUACAAAUAUCCUUGAUUAAAUGUUAUAUUACUUUUUACUGAUGAAAACUAAAUGUACAUCUUGAUGUUUUUCAGAUUUUUGUUUUGU